AUAAGUCACCGUGGUUUUAAUGAAUUUUCAGUUUGAGUGUGAUUUGUGAAGUAUUGUGGUGUAUGCGGCGGCAUGGUGUGAGCGAGUGCGAUGAGCGGCGCGCUGACGCGGUGCAGGGUGAGCUCGGAGCAGCUGCACGUGCUGCUGUCGUUCAUGGAAGAGCACCGCGACUUCGCGGCCGGCAAGCAGUCCGUGUACUCGCGCUUCAGCGCCUGCAAGCUGUGGCGCCUGCUGGCCGAGCGCCUCAACGCCGCGGCCGACGACGCGGGCGGCGCGCACAAGUCGCCCGACAAGUGGUGCCGGUACUGGGCGGACAUCAAGUACAGAGCCCGCAAGAAGUGGGCCGUGGGAGAGUCCCUGGGCGACCUGUCCAGCGUGGAGGAGAGGCUCCAGAGCAUACUCGGCACCAGAACGAGAGAUUCGCGGGGCGCGGGCGCGGGCGGCGCGCCGCUGUCGGACGAGGAGCGGCGCGGCGACGACGACAUGUACUCGGAGGCGGAGGGCGCGCCGGGCGAGCAGGCGCCGCGCCUCGCCACCGAGGAGCUGCUGGCCGAGGCCGCCAUGCGCAGCGCUCUGGCCGCCGAGAAGCAGGCCGAGGCCGUGGCGCAGGGCGUGGAGCUGCUGCGCGAGCUGCUGACGCUGCUGCGCGAGCGCGCCGCGCCGCCGCCCGAGACCACGCUGCUGCACCACCACCGCCUGUAGCUAGCGCGCGCGGGGCGCGGGCGCGGGCGGCGCGCCGUUGUCGGACGAGGAGCGGCGCGGCGACGACGACAUGUACUCGGAGGCGGAGGGCGCGCCGGGCGAGCAGGAGCCGCGCCUCGACACCGAAGAGCUGCUGGCU